AUGUCGCAAAAGAAAAGAAGUCGAAAUCUGUCCUUAUUAUACUACUUUGUGAUAGAGAGGAAUAUAAGAAUGCAAACAACACGGCUGAGAGCAAUCAUGACCGUGAGGAUUAUGGCUCCCCAUCCGCAAGCCAUAAAGAUCACACAGAUAGCGGCACAUCCUCUGCUUCUUCAACAACUACCUUUGAAGAUUCUGCCACAUCCACUACAAAAGAAGUUUGCUAAAGUUUUACUCGACAAUUAUAUGAUAGUGAAAGUGAAAAGACAAAAAGUAUGGCUAAGUGCCAGAGGCAAUUUGGAAAUGAUUUACUGUCCAACUCUACAACGGCUCAAAGUAAGACCUGGGGCCCGUUUCUCGAAAGCCCCCCUAAGAUUGCGGUGCCGGGUUAUCCUAAAACAUGGGGUCCGGAAAAAAAACCUCGCCGAACGCCAAAUGAGUAUGAAGUUUUAGUGAUUUGGGUUAGGAGACUGAGUGAAUCAAGUUUCAGUUCAGUUAGCACCAGUUCCCUGACCCUUAUCACUAAACUUCAGAGUCAUUCGGCUGUUUCUUCCGGAUUCGGGGUUUAGUUCUUUAGGCAAACCCUAUGCUUAUGGGGGCUCGGUAAGUCCCCCUGUAUUUGGCCACGAAUACCCCUUAAGGUCCACAAUGUCAGGCUCCGGCGACAUUCAGCCACGUGAGUGGUCGAUAAUCACGUGGCAAACAUCUUCAGACAUGGGCUGCCAUGGCUUCGUUCUUAAAACAAACAAACUAAACAAAAUAACAUCAACAUCCGCAGCAACAGCGAGAAAAAGGCUACUCCCAUGAAAAGAGUUCAUUCCAUCUCCACAAAGUCAUCCCUGUAUCAUAGAAACAGCCCCCCUCACCCACAAAAACAAACAAACCAACAAAACUUAAGUUGUUGCUUACUUUAUUGUAAUUUUUACUCUUAGAAUUUUCUUUUUAUCGAACCCCAAGGGCUUACUUUGUUACAACUGCAGUUAGUUUGAGUCAGUUUAAAGUAAGUUCUAUGACUUGAGGCCUGUCAUGCAGUGAGAGCAAAAUUUAUUUAUUUAUAUGUACUUGUUUAUUAUUUUUACAUAUGCCGAACAAUAUUGAUCAACAGAUUUCAACUCUGGAAGAGACUUGAAAGUAAGGACCACAUUUAAAAAUAAGUAUGACAAAAUUGUAAGUUACCGCCUUGUAUAAGUGACACCCUAUCCUAAAAACUGUCAUAUUUUUCCUCUCAACCUGCGAAAACAGACGUACUUCUGGUCGUCGCCUCUCUCCACCCGAACAACUCGUGAAUCUCACGUAAAUGACCACCUUUUGUAAGCCACAAACCGACCUAUUAACCUUUUGUCUCGUGGAACUACAUAUAUCGUAACUUGCAAUUACACUCAAUGAACCCAUUUCCAAGUAGGUGUUUCGGGACCUCUACUUAAUUAGAAAAGCGACCAGCACGAAGUCUUGAGCGGUUUGGUUGGUCGCUUAUGGAGGGUUCGAUUGUAAUUGAAUAAUACCAAAGUGCCUUCAUCUACAAUCUUAUGUAUCGGGGGCACCCAGCGACUGUUUUCUGUAAAUUAUCUGAAGAAGCAGAUAUUGCCUCGAAUUUUAAUUCUGUUACUUGAAGACGGCUAAAAAAUUCUAGUUGACCCUUCCAUUCAUGUACAAUCUUUGAAGCUAGUGUUAUAACUUCUUUACGAUUUUCUGAAGUUUCAUUUUUCACACUUCAUUCCCCAGUUUAGGCUAUUUUCCGUAGAAAAAGGAAACCUGAAAUUUUCGGAUUCAAAACUGUGAUGGAGAGAGGAAUUAGAAAAAUUCUCACUUUCGUAAUACGUCAAAAAUUGAAACUAGAAUUUUCGGAGAAAUAAUACUGAAGCCCUUAUAAUUUCGAAAAAGACUCAAGUUCCCCUCAGAAUGCGGGCUGAGCAGAUACAAAUUUUAUAGCGCCGUUUAUAAUACAUUUCGAGAUAUCUAAAAGUACUCUAGAUAGCCUAAAAAGUGUUUUCAGUGUAUUUAGGAGGAAACCUUCGUUGGGUGCCCCUGAUUUAUCUAGGUCAGCUUCGCCCCAUGCGAGGUAAUCCAACCAAGUCCAGAAUUCUCGAUUCUCCACUGUGGUCGCUGUGGCUUCCGGAUUCCAGGCACCGGAAGUCCGGAUUCCUUGUCUGUGGAAUUUGGAUUCCGGAUUUCAAUCGUUUGCAGGAUCCCUGAUAAUUCAAGAUGGACUACAGAUUCCAAAGCCCAGGACGCCGGAUUCCACAUGCAAACCUUUCCUAGAUUCUGGAUUCCACAAGCAAAGAUUUCCCCGACACCGGAAUCCGGAGUACCUGACAUGGGGCAAUCAACUGACAGUCAUUGGAUUGUGAGGACUUAA